ACCCUGCUUGGCUCUUUUAUUUAAAUAUAUGAUAUAUACUUGUAUAAAUAUAGUUAAAUAAAUAUAUGCACAUAUUAUGUGCAUAUAUUUUUGUAUUUUAAUUUUUAUUUAAAUCGUGUAACUCCAUUCCUUUCAGAUAAGUUAGACUUAAGUCUGGGUGUUCAGCAAGCCUUCCAACUCUUCCCUCCUCCCUUUGCCUUACUCCUUCUCUCUCUCCCCCCACCAUCGGCUAGUUCCCUCCUUGGGGCCUCUCUAAGAAAGCGGCGCGGGGGUUUCCCAGACAGGCUCACCAGCGAAAGUUUGCAAGUGUAGCGAACCUCACCCUUCUUCCCUUCCCCCCACCCACCACGGGCGCCUUCGAGCCUGCGCACGCACUUCUCUGACGCCGAAAGAGGGAAGAGGGAAAGCUUGGGAGCUGCGAGGCACUCGCCGCAUGCCUCACGCUCGCACUCCCCUUCCUCCCUGGGGCCAGCGAUUCGCCAGGCGGCUAGCGCUCCCUUUCUCCUCUGAGGGCAGCAGUUCCCCCACUAGGGGGAGCGCGAGCUCCUCGUCUUCCCUAGGGGCAGCGGUUCGCGGGGCUGCUAGCGCUCCCUUUCUCCUCUGAGAGCAGUGGUUCUUCCGCUAGGGGGAGCUCGCGCUCCUCGUCUUCCCUAGGGGCAGCGGUUCUCCCGGCCGUUGUAAGGUUCCAGUUAGUAACGGCCCUGUGACUGAGGCGGUACCAGCAUCCUUGGGGAAGGGGGGGCCGUUGCGAAUUUACGAACCGAAGCCUGCGCCCACUUGCCCUCGCUCUCCCUUCCUGCCACAUCGGUUGGCCCGGGGCGCUCCUGUUGAGCGGGAGGAGAAGGCGGCGGAGAAGGAAAGGACCAAAAAAGAUGCUGACAGCAGUUGUCGGAGUGAUCCUUGGGAAGGUGAAGGCAUACAUGCGCACCAAGGAGUUUAAGGAUUACGUGACGAGCACGCAUUUCUGGGGCCCCGCGGCUAAUUGGGGCCUGCCGCUGGCCGCCUUGAAAGACAUGAGGGCGUCGCCCGAGAUCAUCAGCGGUCGCAUGACCUUCGCACUCAUCUGCUACUCACUGGCCUUCAUGCGCUUCGCCUACCGCGUGCAGCCUCGGAACUGGCUGCUGCUGGCGUGCCACUCCACCAACGUGCUGGCGCAGAGCAUGCAGGCGCGGCGCUACGUGCGCUACCACCGCGGCAAGCCCGCCGCGGUCCCGUUCCUCGAGUGCACCUGCCUUGACCUCCCUCAGAAGUAGGCCUGGUCGGCGUCGCGGGUAGACUGGCUGCGCGGGCGUGCGAUGCCCAGAAAAGAGGAUUUAUUUUUGAAGCUGAGCCUUGCGUCUCGUCACGUUCUGCUGAAUUACACCCCGCCCUUUUUUUAGUGGUUUUUUUUUUUUUUUAAAGACUAGAAAUUUGUAUGGGACUGACUUUGCAAAACACCCCCAUCCCCUUAAAAAAAAAAAGUACCCAAACUCAUUCCUGAGAUUCUCUUGGGGUUCCCCAGGAGUUUUUUCUUUCAUCCUCAGUCCUAAGCACGUUAUUAAUUAAAAAGAAAGAAAAAAGAAAAGAAAAGCUAAA